GAUUUUUACAAAGAGAAAACAAUUUGGUUUGAAGCGGGAAAUUAUUCAGGGAAAUUCAAGGUUCCCCAUGAUUCAUGCUCAGAAAGUUCUGACUCUGAGCAAGAAAAUGAUGCAAUGAUAACUGUAAAUUUGCCUUCUUUUUGUUUCUUUGUAUUUUCAUUGCUAAUCAAUUUAGUAUCUUAAUUAUGUUUUACAUCAUUGAUAAUAAUCCUCAUCAUUUAUUUCUACUAAUUGCCAAUUUUAAUCCCAAUUUAAAGGUUUAAAACUUUCCAAAACUAAAAUUAAUCCCUUUAACUGGAACCUUUUGUCUGGGAUCUUAAGUCAUUGGUGCUUUUUAAAUAGUCUAAUCCUUGUUGGUAUUCAAACCCAGCCAACAUAAAAGUAUCCCGAUUAAUUUGUAUCUGUUUAAAUCUCAUUUGAUUUAAUUGUUCAUCUACUGAUUAGUGCAUCUGAUUUAUUAAUAAUGCAACAUCACGUGAGUCAUCGUAAUAAUCUCGUUCACUGUAACUCGUGAGUUGUUGUGAUGUAAUUAACUCCCUUUCUUUAAUUAGUGAGCGUAACUUUUUUUAAUCAGUCAUCAGUUAACUGUUCAAGUUCAUACAUCAGAUUAAAGUUUCUAUUUAAGUUUUUGUUUGUCUUUUGUUUGUCUUUUUAUUUGAUUGUUUUCAGCUAUGACUAUUCUGGACUUACCUCCGAUAACUACUGAACUUUAUCAUCGAGUUUCAUUGCCUUUUGGUUGGAACGAUGGUGAAUCAUCUCAAUUGAUUGUUGAUUCAAUCGAAUCUUAUUUUUGCUUUAGUCUUGUUUGUUCCGAACCUUCGGAUGUACCAAGACAAGCAAUUGUCUCAUUCGAGAAUGUACAAGCUACAGAGGAAACUAGACCAACUCCGACAUUAAACCCAUACGCUGAUGUGCCAAUAAUCGGACGGUUGAAUAUUGACCUUGAUAAAACUUACUCGCGAUCUACUUGUUUGAUGAAACCUCAAAGAAUUGGUUAUUUUUCUCUGAGAAUCGAUAGAAAAUUGAACAAGGAGAUUUACCUACCUGAUAAAUCACAAUUACGAUACUUGAGCCUUUUAACAAGAGGCCCAAAGGAGUUGAACUUGUUGCAAAAUUUCGACCCUAAAACUGUUUGGUCUCGAUGUCCAAGCGAUCUUCAUAUUCUUCGCUGGUAUAUGGACAAUAAAAUCGAUUUUAUUUUGGACGAGACUCUUUCUAAUUUCGAGCCAGAUUUUAUCACCGAUAUUCGUUCCUUAACAACGAUUAUGAGUUCACCUUAUGAUAAGUGGAACGAUUGGGACAUUAUUGGUGUCAAGAUCGGUGACAAAAUUAUUCUUCAUGAAGUGGACACGACGAUGAGAAAAAAUUCAAUUGCUCGUCAAACGGACACUCAAAAUGCUUCGUCUUAUGCAGGAUAUAAAUUUGAAUCGUUGGUCACUCGACGUUUCGAUGGAAAGAAAUGUUCAACCUACUACGGUGGACUUCGUGACUCUUUCCAUGGCGUUUUAGUGACCAAGGUAGGUCAACAUAAUAUUUUAUACAACUCGCGCUAUUGUUGCGCUAAAAACAAAAGUCAAUUAGAUGCCGCCAUAAAUGACAUGGAAUUCGUCGAGAUAAAAACUCGAUAUGCUUCUAGGGCCUGGCACUCGAGGCUUGUUGGUCUAUGGGCUCGGUCCAUACUCUCUAAUACUAAUUUUACUGUUGUAGGUCAACGAGAUGAAGAUUUCAAGGUUAACCUCACAAAAGUACAAUGGGAAUACACAGAUAAAAUGCCGUCGCAUCGAAAGGGCUGGAGUCCAAAGACAAUGGUUGAUUGUCUUCUAUCAACGAUGGAUUUCAUCAAGACUCAGAUAAUCGAGUCUAAUAUAGUUUAUCGUUUCAACCAUUCUCAUGGAAAUCCAAUUGUUUGUCAACAAUUAGAUGAGCCAUUUACCAAAUUUAUACCUGAUUGGUACGUUAAUUUUUAGUGCCCAAGGAAUCAGGAGAGCAGGUCGAAGUACAAAAUAUAAAAGUCAAGCCGCCUAGCCGUUGUAAGAAAUUGAUUGUGGAGACAUCAGUUGAAUGAUUAUUAUAAUGUUAUUAUGAAUGUCGAUACUUUGUAUUAAUGAUGUGAAUGCUAGUGCGAAGGCCAAAGCCAAGUUAUUAAAAUCAAUAUAUUCAACGAUUUAAUUUUCCGUUCAAAGGCGUUAAAAUGUUCAACCGAUUUUGCCACUAGUUUAAUAAUUGUAUUACUCUGAUCGACCUUGGUUCGAUAUCUGCUAUUCAGAUCAUAUUCCUAUUUUGUAAUAGACACAAAUUAAUUGUUCUAUCCAAUUAUCAAUCAAUAUCCAAUUUGAGGUUAAUAAAUUAAUACAAAUUUUCAACAUGAAA